AUGCCAACCUAUGCAAAGUUUAUGAAGGAAAUCCUCACAAAGAAGAGAAGAUUUAUUGAAGAGGAAACCAUAGAACUAGAGGCUGGAUGCAGUGCUAUCAUUCAGAAGAUGUUGCCUCCAAAGUUUAAGGAUCCUGGCAGCUUUACACUUCCAGUCACAAUUGGCAGCCUAGCUGUGGGGAAGGCCUUACUUUAUUUGGGAGCUAGCAUCAACUUGAUGCCUCUUUCUAUGCUCAAGAAGAUUGGGGAGUUGGAAAUCAAGCCCACUCGAAUGACAUUGCAACUGGCGGAUAAGUUAAUCAAAUACCCUCACGAAUGA